AUGGUCCAGAUCAAGGAGUCUUGCCGUCUUGAAACCAUUCCCAAGCCCUGUGACUACUUCCAUAUGAUUGGAGGCACUAGUACCGGAGGCUUAAUUGCGAUUAUGCUCGGAAGGCUCCGCAUGUCGACAGAGGAGGCUCUACGGGAAUACGACGAGUGUUCCCAAAAGAUCUUCUCCUCGAGCAACAAGAAGUGGACCACUGCCACUGAGAAGUACAAGGCCACUGCUCUCAAGAUGGUCGUCGAGGAUCUCGUCCGGCGGCGCAACAUGGGCGAAUACCUCCGAGACGCAUCCCUUACUCACGAUUCCAAAGGGCAAUGUUUUGUCUGUGUCAUGCCCGCCGAGAAAAUUGGCGAACCUCGCCGGCUCCGGUCCUUUAGCACUCACGACACUGACCGUGACGGUUUUACUGUCAAGAUAUGGGAGGCCGCACGCGCUACCACCGCUGCUUCCGUCUAUUUCAAGCCCAUGACUGUCAAGGUUGGGCCGAGCGCCGAGGAAUUCAUAGAUGCCGCUAUAGGCUGCAACAAUCCCGUCAUCUACCUUCUCCAGGAAGCGGCGGCUCAUAUUGGGAAAGGCCGGCGGCUUGGUUGUCUCAUCAGCAUCGGAACAGGAACAAGGGUAGUUAGGAUUGGGAGGGCAUCGACGGGUAUGAAGAACGUUGGGCAAGCACUGAAAUUUGUGAAAGAACUGAUUGGGACACUAAAAAACACUGCAACCGAUGGCGAAGACGCGCAUCGCCAGGUCCAGGAAAAGUUGGGCGACUACACGAACGCAUACUUCCGCUUCAAUGUUCCCGAUGUCGCCGACAAGGUUGGGCUGGACAAGUAUCUCCAGAUUGGUACUCUUAAGGUUGCAACGGCGGCUUACUUGGCCCAACCUCUUGUUGCUGCUCAGAUCCUGAACGCGGCCGACGGCCUGGGCCGUAACUCAUCCGAGCAUGGACUAACUCUUGGCCACGCCGCCGGCAUCGAUAAAGACCAAGUCAUCUUGACUACGCAUGAAGCUCGGUCGUUGGGUGACAUCAACCGCUUCUUCAUGGCGAGGGAUGACAUAUUGGCCAAGCUGGACAAUUGCUUCUUCUUACGAGAUACCAAAGGCAAACCUCGACGGGAGUUCCUCUUGCAUGGCAUGGGUGGAGUGGGCAAAACCCAGAUUGCCUUAAAGGCCGCUGACGAUCUCGAGGAGAGAUUCACCCAAACAAGGGCCAUUCCGUCAGGAACCAUCGACGAGAUGAAAGAUGUGGCGCUGGAAUGGAUAGGAAAGCUGUCUGAAGAGUGGCUCAUCAUCUAUGACAAUCUCCCCGACAACGGCCGCCUAGCGCCAACUCUUCCACGCCGGAACACGGGCAACAUCAUCUAUACUUCGCGAUCCCAGGGGUUUCUGGCGGACCUCCCUGCAGAGUGCGUGUACGAGGUCAACUCAUUCUCUGAAGAGGACGCAGUCGAGCUGCUCCUGAAGAUCGCAGGCAACGAAAAAUUUCGAACAAACGAGGAGGAAAUGAAAGCGCUGCGGGCUAGUGUGGUCGAAGUCGGUGGUCUGCCCCUCGCCAUCGAGGCUAUGGGGUCAGUUCUGAGAAAAGGGGAUUUCACCCCCCUCACGUACCUACAGAGAUUCCGCAACCAGCAAAAUAGGCCCGAGUUACUUAGUAAACAAAAUGAUGACGGCUCUUUACCGGCUCGUCCGGCACUGUAUACCGCGCUCGACCUCUCCUAUGACGCCCUCAUCAGCCUCCGGAGGCGCGAGGGGCGCGGCGUUAUGGGCACUGCCGCGCAUAGCGCUCUGACGGCGUUGAACCUGCUCUGUUUCUACCACAAUGAGGAGAUCCCAGUCAGCAUGAUCGAGCGCUCAGCCGAGGAGCGGCAAAGAUGGGGCAGUAAUGGGGUCUACCCCCUUUCAAAACUUACCGACGAUCCGUUUAUGGAUGCGACUAACCUGUUCACAUGCAAGUACCCCAGCAAGAAAUGGGAUGCUCUCCAUUUCAACUUGGGCGUGCAGAUCCUCCAACAAUUUUCCCUCGUCAAGCAUUCACGGAAGAGAGACACUGUCUCGAUGCAUGUCAUGGUGCAAGCCUGGGCCCAAGAUAGGAUGGCCAAAGAGACGAGGAAACGGCUAGCCCAUGCUGCCAGGGCCAUCCUUAUUGAGUCAAUAAAGCCGGGCUGGAAUAGGUUGGACCAGGCAUUUCUGCGGUUCCUACCUCCUCACUUGAACGCUUGCAUGGCCCACGAGGCCGAAUCCGUCGGCUAUCACCACCAAUACGAGGCUCACCUGGAUUUCAAGCUGGGAUGGUACUAUUACCAACAGAAGCAGUUCUCUCUUGCCGUGGAUCACUUACAGAGAAUGCUGCCUGUAUGGAAAUGCAACACCGGUGGCUACAGCCAGACGGCAACUUUCGGUCUCUCGCUCUUAGCAAACGUCUACCACGAAAUGGGCCGCAUCGGCGACGCGGAGGCAGCGUAUCUGGAACUGAUUGAGAUGUUGGACAUGCGCAAAGACGACCUGCUGGGCGAGUACAUGGAGCGGGAGGAGCGGAUGGAGCGAACAAAGAAGGAUCUGAAAAGGCAAGCUAGGUAUCAGAGGGCAGCCCGCCUUCUCUUGUUCAAGUCAACCGACCAGAGUAUCACAGACGACAGAGACCAGAUCCUUAGCACACCAGACGCGGAGGAUUCCGUUGUGAAGCGUGAUAACGCACUCCCGCCGGUAUUUAAGACGCUAGAGCAGAGCAUGGAAAAAGUCGACGCUGCCACCGCUCGGGAACCCAAGGGGGAAUCCCUACUGGAGUGGAACGACGAGGUGGGCCGUACCUAUGCAGAGCUAGCAAGCAUGCUGUUUGACUCAGGAAGACACAAAGAUGGCAAAGAAUAUCUCAGAAUGGCCAUCGAAACAGUCAAGAAGUACGCCGAUGAGCACGAUUUUCAGGUCUGGUCCUGGGAGGACGAACUCAUCCGCCGCUCGGGGGGUGCAGAUCUGCCCCAUUGGCUCCAACGCUACAAGGACCUCCGGGCCCUGCCACCUGAUAUCUACGGGAAGUUCCCAGGGCACGAAUACGCCUUUGUGCUGUCGGUUGGUCUAGGGCAAUCAUAUCUAGGGGCGGGCGACCUCAAAGGGGCCUAUGAGGUCUACGCGAGUGAGCUCAAACGAGCCCCGCUGUUGUACGGGCCCAGCGAUCCCAAGACGCUUUACCUGAUGCGCGCCAUGGCCGAGACUGCUUCCCACCGCGGUUUGUUUGAAGAGGCAAACCAGUUUGCCAGGAAGGCGGUGGAGCUGGCCAAGGUUGCGUAUGGGCAAUGGCACUACGAAACUGCCAGGUCCCUGAACACGCUAGCCGUUAUCAUGGUGCCUCAGACGUUGGACUUGGGUCAGGGUUCAGAACAUUGGAAUAUCAUGAAAGAAGCGUACGACACCGUACGGGUCGCCUUUUGGGAAGGGCAUCCCAUGGCUAAGAAACUCAAGCAUCGGUUGGAGCUGUUUGCGGCCAUGGAGGACGGCAAUGGGGAGGCGAGCUCGGAGGCAACUCAACUAUCGCAGGAGAUUAAAGACAGGGUCUUCGCUGCCGGCACCCCGAAGUCGAAGAAGGAAUGGAUGGAAAAAGCGUCCGUCGCGUAUGGGGAAAUUUUGAGUGAGAGAUAUCGGACCCGGGAGAAGCUAGCGAACCCGCGGCUCCGACAGCAACAGGACACGAAUUCGGGACUGCAAUUUCUCGGAAUCAGCGACCAAGCGGUACAAAAUACAUCGUCUAUAGGAGGCGAAGAAGGAGAAGACGCCGAGGCACAAAGGAAGCGAAAGGGGAAAGGCAAGGAAAUCACCCCACCGUCCCCCGUUUCCGAACCCGAUCAAAAUGUCAUGGAUGGAAGCGGCUCCAAACAGUUUACCGAUAUAACGAAAGAAUCAAUAGGUAGUGAACGGCAGCCAGACGUCAAAGGGAAAGGGAAGGCCGUGUGGGAGCCGACGGAAAUGAGUCAGACGGUGAACUGA